UUUUUCCUUUUGUAUUCUUCUGAUAAAUAAAUUAAAUAAUCAUAAUUACAUUAGUUUUGGUGCUUAAAUUUUUAGCAGCAUUUAUACUUAACGCAUAAUUCAAAACAGCUGGUGCAAUGGACAAGCUACGUCGUGUUUUAAGUGGCGAGGACCGCACGCCGGAGGAAGAGAGCAGCAUCAUUACACAGAUGAAUGAUAUGUCAACCCUAAGCUGGAGCACCCGUAUCAAAGCCUUCUGCAUAUGUUUUGUAUUGGGCAUGGUGUUGUCCUUUCUGGGCUCGAUUGCCCUGUUUCUGCAUCGCGGCAUUGUUGUCUUUGCCGUUUUCUACACGAUUGGCAACCUGGUGUCUAUGGCCAGCACGUGCUUUCUCAUGGGUCCCAUUAAGCAGAUCAAGAAAAUGUUUGCCGAAACUCGGCUGAUCGCCACCAGCAUCGUGAUUGUUUCCAUUGUCAUGACAUUCGUGUCAGCUAUUGUGUUAAAAAAGGCCGGCCUCACGCUUAUAUUCAUAAUCAUACAAUCCCUGGCAAUGACCUGGUAUUCACUCUCGUAUAUACCCUACGCACGAGAUGCGGUCAGAAACACAGUUUCGGCAUGCUUUGAGGUUUAGUCUAUAGUAUUUUGUACAGUACGUUUCAGUAAUAUUCUUUGAAAACAAUGUAAUAUGUAAUAUUAAUUAUUUACUUAUAUAGCUCUUAAGUUUCUUACGUGGACAAUUAAAAAAUUGUAUUAAUCUA